GCGGAUACGACAACAAGCGCAGGAGGCUCCUUGGCACUGAUUGGCUCUCGUUGGUCACGUGAAACAGGAGAAAAGCAAGAUGGCCGCGCUCGUGAAACGAGAACCGCUGCUGCGGGAAUUUUAUUUAGCAUUUGCAGGCGGAAAUGUUGCCAAGUAUUCAGCUCUACCUCCUAAGAAGAAACCACCACAGCCAAAGCCGGGACCACUGAUUCACCACAACAAACAGAAAUUGGAAACAAGGGGGUACUUACGUCCGUUAAAGGCAUACACUCCACCAGAAAAUGUUGAGGAACAACUCAAUAGUAUCCUUGCAACUCAUGCUAAAAACCUUUCAUUUGAGUCAAAAAUUGAAGAGCCAUUGCUUCGAUUUAAGAUUUUAGAAGCAUGUUUUCAGUCAUUCCAACAUGCAGUUCCCAACUCUCAACUUCAUAAUAUGAACAGUGUUGGUGAUAUUCUUGAAUUUUAUCAAACUCCAGUUGAUAAGUUAACUCCCCUUGAGCACCUCAAAUCUUCAAAUCUUCCCCCAAAUCUACACAUCCAACUUGAGGCCAAGAGAUUUGACCCAGAUGAUAAAGAUUCAGUCCAUGGUGGUAUAAGUGCUUUCCCUCAGAGUCCUACCUUUAUUUCAAUUAGAUGCGAAAAGAAAUACAAGCCAAUACAAGCACAAAAUUGGACCAAAGACUGGAGAGAGAAGGCCCUUGGCUACAUUAGGUGGUAGAAUUUUUCUUUAGUUCUUAAGCGUAGAUUUCUGAAGGACCUACGUGUAUGUUGUUGAUAAUGUUUGCGUAUCAUGAUUCUUGUACCUUAUUGAACAAGAUUCUUGCAUCAAUAAUUUGUACACUUAAAAUAAAUGCUGUUUGAUUUACCUUCAA